AUGAAGCUAUCACUCCCGCGACUUGCGGCCCGGCAUGGCCUCGGAGAACCCUUGCCGCACAGAGCUUCUUCUACUAAACCCUUCCACUCCUCCAUCCGAUACCCUUUCAGGCCAAACUCCCCGCAACACCACCUCCGAAGCUCACGGCGACAUAUCAGCCAUCCCGCAGCUUCUCUCAAACAAGAAAGCCCAAAUAACAGCGAGCCCUCAAAACCAAUUCAACCCUCACCCGCCUCAUCAAUAUCAGAACAAGUCCGCCUCCUCAUGCGCCGAGUCCCCUACCCCGUCGCCAUAAUCACAGCCACCGAUCCAACCGGUCCCGCAGAUACCACUUCCUUCCGUGGAAUGACCGUCUCCUCUUUCAACACAGUCACACUCACACCGGAGCCAGUAAUAUCAUUCAACGUGCGCCGACCCUCCGAAACACUCAACGCGCUACUAGCCUCGGGCCGGUUUCUCGUACAUCUCCUUGCGCCGAGUCCCGCAACAGCAACUCUGGCGAGAGAUUUCUCCAAGGGCAAUACCACCUUAGUAUCAAUGUUGAGCGGACAUGGAGAAUUUGAGUUUGGCGCUUUGAGUACUGAGCGCAGCUCGGCUGGAGAAGACGACAGGCCGCUUCCUAUUUUGAGGCGACGGGGGUCAGACGAGGAUAGUCGGUUGGAUUUCCCGUUUGUGUUUGAGUGCAUGCUUCAUCCACAGAAGAUUGAUGUGCAUGAUCACUCGAUUGUGCUUGGUACAGUCAUGCGAGCGGUUGAGGGUUUGGGGAAGAACGGAGUCUCUGGCCAAAACUGUGCGGGAGAAUCUUCGGAUGAGCAUUCGCCGGAACGCUUGUGUCUCACCUAUGCCAACACUAAAUUCUGGAAGAUGGGUCGUGAUAUCUAA